GAAAACUGGGUCGCUAGGACACUUUCACAGAUUGGCCGCGCCCAGUGGUGAGCGACCUGAGGACCUCAGCCUGCCGGUUUGAUUAAUGAACGUAGAUUUUGGCUCUUUCAUUUUGCGUUAUUUCUGCAUGUUUUGUCGGACUGCUUCCUGCGUGCCUCAACAAAACGAGGGGAAUGAAGAUAUACGGCUAAAGCUAACAUGCUAACUCACACUAUACAUCUAUACGCAAUUUAAAUCUUGUACUUUCAUCGAGACACACGCCUGGUUUCACAAAUAUACAGACAGAGAUGAUUUCAGCGCGUGGCGAUGCGUUUUGGUCUGUAGAUAUUUUAUGCUGAUAAGCUAACUUCUGUAGGCUGCACUAAAGUUUCUUUAGCUAAAUAUAUGAGCUCUGAUUUCAAGAUAAAAUGAAAUAAUGCCACUGUGAGGUGGUUAAUAGCUAGCUUAACUGCGGCCCGGGUCAUUUAGUGAACUUGUGCGAGUCUUUGUUGUUGAGCUAUAAGUUAGCUUGUUAGCAGGGCAUCACAGUGGCCAGGCCGCGGCCGAACUCUGCUGACAGGAGGCUCGAAAACAAAAGAUCCGCUCGCUCCUGUGCCAGUUCAUUCAUAACCAGCGUUCAUUACCUCCACCAUAACAUUUUUAAAAUCUUUUUAAUACCAUUUCUGCCUUUGAGUCCGUAGGCGUGGUGCGGAUUAUGCAAUUGAGCAACGAAUCUCAGUUGCCAAUUUUCCUGUUUGUCAGAACAUCCUGUUUUUCAAUUUAACCUCUGAUCUACAUUUGAUUGAUCAAAUCAGUAUUUCUAAUUUAGAUUUAAGUGACUAGGUCAACAACUUAAAGAGAAAAGGAGCUUUGCUUUUGAGGAAAUGCUCUAACUCCUUUUAACAACACACACCCCUGAAAAGAUUGCUCAUUUUGCACUACAACAUUCACGGGACACUGCAAAUGCCAGUAGGUGUUGGUCCUCUUUCACAGCACGGCAUCGCAGCGCGCCCAGAGUCCAGUGAGGGCCACCAUGUCAGAAACUCUGAUAACUGGGCAGACGUCGGAGGAUCUGCUGGCGGAUUUUGAGACGCUGCUGAACUCUGGGACUAUAGAUCUGAGUGAGGAGCAUCAGAUAGUGAUCAUCACAAGCCCCAGCAACGAGGGGCUCCACCCGGCCGUCGCCCCGACCAGCACAGGGGAGAUUCUGCUCUUUGCCACGCCGCAGGGCCCUGCCGACAUAGGGGUCCAGGACAAGAGGCGGCCGGUUCUGGGGAGACCUCCGGUAAAGAGGAAGUUGGAUCUGGACAGCGACCAUCAGUACGUCAGCACCACGCGACCAGCCACAGGCCAAGUCCCGCCCUCCACACCUGCUCCUCCUAGAGUUCCUCGAAGCUCGACGGAGAAGUCCCGAUAUGACACGUCCCUAAACCUGACCACCAAGCGCUUCCUGAACCUGCUGUCGCAGUCGGCCGACGGCGUGGUGGACCUGAACUGGGCCUCCCAGGUCCUGGAUGUCCAGAAGAGACGCAUCUAUGACAUCACCAACGUCCUGGAGGGAAUCCAGCUCAUCUCCAAGAAGUCCAAGAACAACAUCCAGUGGCUCGGCAACCGCAUUGAUGCCAGCCAAGUGUCCCGGCACAAGGAGCUGCAGAGGGAGGUGUGUGAUCUGACCGAGGCCGAGGAGCAGCUGGACGAACUCAUCUCGAAAUGCACCCUGCAACUGCGGCUGCUCACAGAGGAACCACAGAACAAAAACAGGCUGGGCUACGUGCGCUGUCAGGACCUGCGGCAGUCAUUCGACUCCCCAGACCAGCUGGUCAUGGUGGUCAGAGCUCCUCCAGAGACCCAGAUGCAAGUCACAGAGCCCAGCGAGGGCUACCAGGUGUCGCUCAGGAGCACGCAGGGUCCAAUAGAUGUCUUCCUCUGUCCAGAGGACAGCUCAGGCGUGUGCAGCCCCAUGACGGGAGGCAGCCCGUCUCAAAGCACCUCUGACCCCUCCCACGCCCCUCUCCCCACCCCACCGACCGAGCCACCGCCACCUUCGGCCCAUACUGGAGUAGCAGGGCUGGACGUGGGCGUGUCUUCUCCAGCGUCCACCUCAUCCACGGUAACGGCGGCCUCCCAGCAGGAGGCUUCGCCGCUGGUGCUGGGUGGGGACACAGAAUCUCUCUUGGGGGGAGACCUGUUCUCCAGCCUGGGAGACAUCGGCCACUUCGAUCUGUCGCCUCUCUCGUCCUCGGACCUCCUGAACGGAGAAGGUCUUCCUCUCCCGUUGGACACUUUCAUCAACCUGUCCCCUCCCUACAGACACGACUACCACUUUGGACUGGAGGACCAUGAAGGAAUCAGCGAACUGUUUGACUGUGACUUUGACGACUUGUCGCACGUUUUGGGCGACGGGUAGACGGAGAAAAAGACGACUUAAAUCGUUCCCAAUGUAGGACUUUACCUUUCCGCUGAAGGAGAGCUGUGAACCAGCAUUUCACAGUCCAAUCUUAGUUUUCCUUCCCUUUGGGCUCUGGGAAAUUGCCUAGUUAUAAAAUCUCCAAUUUGCCCUUAAUUGUAUAUACCAAUAUGAGCAAAUCUCUGUGGCUAUUUUUUAAAAUUUUGACCAGGAUUUCAGCUUUAGAAUGGCUAUUUAAAUUAUUUAUAUAAGUUUAUUUUGAUAUUUUGUACCACGUUGUUGAUUUUGGAUGAAUUAUCCAAGUAGACAUUGGGCAGAGGGGGAUUGGAGUUUGCAUGUGCAGCAACUUGACGUCUAGGAUUUGAUUCUCUGAACACUGAUUCCAGAUGUUUGAAUCUGGAAUCAAACAUCUGAUUUUGACCGUCAAGGGAAGAAUGACGGCCUGCUAUUAGAAAGCAUCCCGGAGGUUUUCAGAAUGAAAAUCAGCAGAAAAGCACAAGGUAAUUACAACAUUGGAAGAUUCUCCAAUCACUGGAAUCCUACCAGACCAGAUUAUGUCUUGACUAUAAUGAGAUGUUUUCAAAGCCAGAGCCCUGAUGGGAUUUUUUUAUCCACUCUUCCUGAAGUACUCUUCUCUGAUUACAUUGUAAGAAUCAUCUUUCUUAGAAUUUUCCAGUUUUGAGGACUUCUCUGGAGGAGAAUCAGUGUCGAUGUGUGGGGAAACCAAGUGGUGACAGAUGAGGAGGAAUUUUUGAGCAUCCUGAUAAAAAGAGGUUAAAAAAAAACCUGUGUUCUGUAAACAUGUUUCUAUCACAUCUCACUACUGUAGAUGUGAGGAGCGGCCAUAUUGAAAUGCAAAAUAAACCCAUCUUUUAUUCUUGUGGCAUAAUCUCAAAACUGAAUAGUUUAGAAAAACAAGGUCUUUAUUUUGUUAAGAAAUAAUUGCAUUCUAGUUAUUAAGAAGUCUGAAUUUCAACAUGGCGACACCUAUUCACUGCAUUAGCUCUGGCAAACAUUUUAAGCUUUACUUUUCAUAAACACCACUUUAAGUUUCUUCAUUACAUCCUCUACAUGUAACAUUGAUUAAGAUGCAUUCUUCCACCUGUGUUCUGUAAACAUGUUUCCAUCACAUCUCACUACUGGGAGGAGCGGCCAUAUUGAAAUGCAAAGUCCGCCUUACGAGUUGUAACUAGGGGCAGUUGGAGUUGCUCAGUUUCCCCAGUGGGAAACUUCAGAGGGCAAUCAGCGGGUUUUUCUGACUGUGAAGACAGAAUCUUUCAGUUUUGAGUGCAUCUGUAACGCAGCAUUAGCCCGCGGGGUUUCUGACAGAUUGAGGUCUGGCAGCUGAAAAGGCUCGUAUUGUCUCUGGUGAACCAUCUCCAUGUUGAUUGGACCUGAUAUUUGGGGUUAUUAUCAGAUUCUGACUGAUUUUCAGUUCACUGCGAGUCCAUCAGAUCUUUUUUUUUUUUAUUCCUAAUACUCUAAAUAUGGCCAUACUGUCAGGCCCACAGCAUCACAGACUCUACUAGACUUUUGUUUCUUGUGGAAAAGCUCCAUCUCUUGCACCUUUGAGAUGAUUUGCUGGUGUACAUUCCCAGUCAUCACUGACAUGGCAGAAGGCAACUGGUCUUCUUCUGCUGUUUCACCUCUCAUCCAAAAAGCUUCUGAACAUUGUUGGAAGUAGCUGUCGUCAGACCUCCCACAACAAUAUGGUUGUUAAGAUCAUAAAUGUGGCAAUUAGGACACGAAUCACUAGCUACGUUUCCAUUUCCCAUAUCGCACAAUUUGAUAUUUAGAAAAUAAAUGUGCAAUUUCAAAUGUUGAUAAAACUUAUAGUAGUUGGAGGAUGAUGGCGCAUGAAUUAUUGUUCACGAGUGAUUUUUAAUUCCAUUACUUAUUUAAUGAAAACACUGCAGUUGCAAAAUUGGUUUUUAGGCUUCAGCGGAAUACCAACAAAGUUUUACUCACUUUAAAAUGGAAACACAACUACUUGUGCUUCCUCUCCACCCAGCUAAAUGUUUGGAUCAUUGUUGCUUUUGAGAUGAUGAUCUCAUUUUAUAAUUUCUAAAUGUUUUUAUGCCUUGUGAUCAACUGUUUACCAACCCACUGAUAUUAUUCUUGUGUUGCACUGUAUGAGGUAGCAACAAACCACAAUAAACUGUAAGCGGUAGAAUGCUAUGCUGGGGUCAGCGUUGACGUGUUGUAUCAGGUCAAAAGUGAAGACGGCCCAACCCAAUGAAGAUCAUUGAUCAGGAUGCUGAAGAUGCUGUUUCUAGCAUUUGAAGCACUGUGUGCAUUUUAACAAUGUGUUUGAAGAAAGAGAGGAGAAAUGUGAUGCACACGAAUCAGAUGAACCCUGAAAGCUAACACCGCCUCUUUGGUUCAGUGAUCCCAGCAGCAUGCUAUUACAGCACACACAGGCUUGUUUGUGAUCUCUGCAGGUCGACUGAAUAUGAAAUAAUAACGAGUUGCUCAGGGUCACUCGUUUAUUGAACUAUGAUCUGAAAGGGGUUUCAGUCUCAUCAGACCAAACCAAACGUUUCCAGAUUAAAUUCAAGUAGAAUUUUAGCAAACUUCAUAUCUCUUGUUACUACAUUUCUCCCAAACAGCUGGUUAAAUGGCGUAUAAUGGUUGUUAUGGCGGCUUGGUGACUCCAAGAUGACACAUUUUGCCCCUGUUGUCUGAACAGUGAGCUUUGAAGAUAUUUCUGCCCCUUUGAACCAUCCUUCUCACUGUGGGACAUACAAGUGUCAAAACAUAAUGGGAAUGUAUGAAUUGAAAACAAUUGCACUUUCAGUUGUUAUUGAAAGCGCAAAUUAUGUUAAAACAGCUACUUUUCCUUCUACAUAAUAAAUUCUCUGAAGUUAAAUGUAGGGUUUUUUUUUUUUUUAGAUGAGAUUAUGCUGCUGCAAUAAAAGACUUAAGUAAGGUUUGUUUUUUUUUCUUUCUUUUUUACCAGCGAUGCCAAGAAGUUUGUUUCCAUGUCUGCAGACUGCUGCGGCUUUGAGAAGCAGUUAAUCCUGUUCAGACUAACUCUGUCCUCACGGCGUUCAGCCGCAGUCUCAGGUGUUUGGAGCAGAGUGAAGUCUUAACUCAAACAUGUGAACAGGUGUGUUUCAAGAAGGGUUUUGUGUAGGCUCUGGUGUGGUUUAUUUUCCUUAAAUUGUCUAGCAGAAGAUUCAGAUGUUAGAUGUUCACCUGCUGGAAGACAUGGAGUUUUAAUCUCAAUCUCUAAGCUUACACACUGGGCUGUGGAUCACUCUGCGUUGAUGCAGGUGUUAGGAAAGAUUAGGUAGAAAAUCUAGAUUUGGGGAAAAAGGAAAGCAGAAACGAGGACGUCUUCUUGUUUUUCAGUAAAUGCACUUCAGAUCGGCUCAGUAUUGAUCAUGCCUUAAAUCAGUUACCUAUCAGGUAGAAGGGAGUCAGUCGUCUUCAUCUUGACUGAAACCCUUCAUUCAUGUUUUGUUCAGCUUCAGUUGCAUCAAACUGCAUCUACAUAUUUGAUUACAAAGCUUGGAGAAACUUUCAGUUUAGAUCAGCAAUAAGGCAUUUCCUCGAUAUAUCAGAUGUUUCUCAUGCAAUGUUGUACAUGUAAAAUCUUUGUCUUAAGUUAUGUAAGCUAACCGUUUUAUUUGAAUUUUUUUGCUUUUGUAAGCAUUGGACUUUGAUGUGUGUGGGUGUUUGUGUUUAUAUUUAUUUUUUGUUCUGGAAAAGGGUUUAGGAGGCAUAAAGGUACAGGUAAAUUUCAUUCCGUCUGGCUGUUAGAGACUUUAUUUCAAAUAUUAUCCCCUCAAUUGUGACAUUUUUGUAAAUCUCCACCUUGUUUUGUGCAUAUUUAUAACUGAAUGUUUUUUCCCCGUCCUAUUUAAAUGACAUACUGUAUUUCUCCACAUUUACCCACUGCCUCUGAGUGCCAUUUGACUGGUAAAUGACUCCUAAACAAGGUAAAAAAUAACUUUAGAAAGAUGGAAAGUUUUAUUUUCUUUAUUGAUAUACAUUUAUUACUUCAUGCUUGAAUUGUAAAAUUGGUUUGAAACAAAAUAUUUGUCACAAGUAGAAUUUCUAAUCUGAAAUGAGCCAUUUUUUUCAGUUUCAUGCUUCAAACUCCUUUUAAAGUGUAAAAUCUUUAUAACAAAUCUCAUAUUUUAUCUUAAAAUCCAGUUUGGAACAUGUAACUAUUAGGAAUUUGUUUGCUUGGCCUUAAACUCUGAGUGGCAGCUGAACUGUAGAGUUGGCGGUGCCACCCCUCUGUGUGAUUCGUGUGUUUUUCUCUGCAGGACGUAGGCAGUGCCUUGGUGAGGUAAAGUGGUGAUUGUUGUGUGUUUGUGUUGUGGUGAAAGAUCGUGUGGUGUGCAGGUGGUGUUUGAUAAAGUUUGCACCUUUUAAACUUUUUUAAAAAAUCAAUUGUGUUGCAGGUUUAGAAAUCAGUGGCUUGCAUAUUGUGAGAGCGAUUAUAAAUGGCUUUUUUUUAAAAAAAGGGUCAUGGAUGUAACGGAUUAUUCGGGGAAUUGGACAUUCAAUCCGAUUUUUAUAACACUAUGCUAAAAUUUCAAUUUUUAUUUUCUGGCAAAGUCGGUUUGGGAUACAAAUGAGGACAAAAGAAGAACUAAUAUUAUUUCAGUCGCUAUGCUAAUAAAUAUUGCUGUGUGUUAUGUUAUGGGAACCAAACUCAUGCAACAGCGUGUGUGGGCGUGCGCGUGUGUUUCCAGAAUAACAGAUUAGUUUCAGUGCCCUUUUGUAUCAAAUUCUCCAUGUCAAUGUUUUUGACACAAAUAAAAGUUGACUAUUUUGAUCUGA